CCAGAAGAGCAACAGAGAUAAUCCAGAGUCCGAGUUGGGUUGGGUCUCCAGCAGGCAGCUUUCUUCCACCUUGUCUUUCUUAAGUAUUUUCUUAGAUUUCUGACCAAAAGAACACAGAGAAAAAUGGGGGUGGAAGCUCUGCUGCUUCUCAGCCUCCUCGUCACCUUGCUCUUGUUCUCCGUCAAAAUGUACAAGAAGAAAGCCCAACUACCUCCAGGGCCCACUCCGUGGUUUCUUCUGGGCAAUCUUCUGCAGAAAGACGUCCUGCCUCUGAGCAGAAACUAUGCAAAGCUCUAUGAUAAAUGGGGUCCUAUCUUUACUGUCUGGCUGGGUCCCAAGCCCAUGGUGGUACUCUGUGGAUACGAAGUGGUGAAAGAUGCUCUGUUGGAUCAUGCUGAAGAAUUUGGUGGGCGUCCUGCCUUGCCUUUCAGUGAUACAGUGAGCCAUUUUAAAGGACUGUCCAGCAGAUCUGUGAAAAGAUGGAAAGAGCUGCGCCGGUUCACACUCAGCACCCUGCGUGAUUUUGGAAUGGGGAAGAAAGCGAUGUCCGCGAGGGUGCAGGAAGAAGUUCUCUGUCUGGUGGAGGCAAUGGCAACCGCAAAAGGGCAGGCCUUUGAUAUAAGAAAACACUUGAGAACUGCUGUUUCUAAUGUGCUGUGUUCUGUUGUCUUUGGGAGUCGCUUUGAGUACAAAGAUCAGGUCUUCCUGGAGAAGCUGCAUAUCAUGGAGGCUUUUGUGGGCUACCUUGUGAGUUAUAUGGGACAGGUUUAUAAUGUGUUCUCGAAAAUAAUGCCUUACCUGCCUGGACAGCACAAAAAGAUUUUAGGAAGUUUUGAAAAAAUGUAUGCUUUCAUCAAUGAGAGGGUGGAAUCCCACAAGGAGACCCUAGAUUAUCAGGACCCCCGUGACUAUAUUGACUGCUUCCUUAUGAAGUCAGAGAAGGACCAGAACAAACCAGAGGCCAUCUACACCAAAGAGGAGCUUAUUGUGAUUGUGCAGGAACUCUUUAUUGCUGGGUCAUUGUCCACAAGCGAAGUUUUGAGCUGUGCCCUUCUGGUGAUGGCUAGAUUGCCACACAUCCAAGAAAAAGUUCAACAGGAGAUCUAUGAUGUGGUAGGUGCCAACCGUAUCCCUGGCAUGGAAGAUAGGGUGAGGAUGCCCUACACCAAUGCUGUUCUCCAUGAGGUUCAACGAUAUCAAAAAGGGAGCCUUGAGAGCAUCCCGCGUGCAACAACACGUCCUACAAAAUUCCGGGGCUAUCUUAUCCCCCAGGGCACGGCAGUCUGUGCAGAGAUUUCAACUGUGCACUUUGAUCCUCUCCAGUGGGAGACUCCAGAAGAGUUUAACCCGGGUCAUUUCUUGGAUGAGAAGGGCAACUUCCGGAACAGGGCUGCCUUCAUGCCUUUUUCUGCAGGAAAACGGGCAUGCCCAGGGGAAGCCCUGGCUCGGAUGGAGCUGUUCCUGUUCUUCGGUGCUCUGCUCCAGAACUUCACCUUCCAGCUGGUGGGAGAUGCCAAAGACAAGGAUAUAUUUACUUUGUAUGAGGACAGUGGCCUGAUGAAAGGAGACUUGCCAUUGAAAUUCACUAGACGUUCAAUAUGAUCCAGUGACAGCAACUAAGCAGAAUGGAUGAUGCCAAUGUCUCUCAGUAUAUUUGAAGUAGGAAGAACAUGAUUAUUGGGAGAUCUGAAUCACACAGUACUUAGAAAAACUAUAUAUUCCAAACUAUAGCUCACAUCAUGCUGGCUGGGGCUGCUGGGAAUUGUAGUGCAACACUUAGAAAACCACAGCUGAGGGACCUAUGAAACAUUAGAAGAAUCAAUCCAGAAAUAAGUAAAAACAAAAAAAAAUUCCUUCCAGUAGCACCUUAAAGACCAACUAAGUUAGUUCUUGGUAUGAGCUU